UUGUGUACGAAUAUUUCAGGAAUUUGUAUCCUUGUACUGUAGUGUAUUGCCAAGUUGUUCCAAGUAAAAUUAUCGCAUGAGUGCGCGAUGAUCUGAAUCCUUCGGAAUGUAAAUAGUGCGUGAAAUCGAGUCGUGCGUGAAAGUGCGCAGCGUGCGCUACAGUAUUCCGUGUUUUCCUUCAGUCUAUCAUUUAAAAAUGGAUUUUGAAAGUUUGAGCAUUCCUGGGCUUCCAGUUGAAGAAAUUACCCUGUGCUCAUGCCUUCCUGGAGUACCCUCGGCCGAGCAUGACCGCACUGAUCAUGAAUGCUUGAGUCUACUGUUGCAGCCAGGGAUGGUUGUUUCUCUGGAAGCAAUUAAUGACGCAUCCAUGCGCAGCGGGGUUUUUUCGGUGGCCCCUGUCGUGCUGGAUGACCCGGAAGUGACCCAUGAGCUUUGGAGAUUGAAUCAUUCAUUUGUAACGAUUUAUCUAUUGGGAGUCGAAUUUUCUGAAGAUGUGACGAGUGUCGGCGAUGUCAGACCGAUAUCUAACUUCGAGAUUCAUGAAAGGGCAGGCUGUGUUCUUGUGUUCGAUGGACAUCCGGAUUCGUUCGUUGAAGAGUAUGCCGAUGAAGUGACAGUAGGAGAGCUCGGAAAACUGGCCGUUACCCAAAUUCGUCAGAAAGCUGAAUCUCACGGAAUGACUGUGCUCAUUUGUUCAAUGAAACGCUUAGCUACAUUGUUUUGUGGCUUUCGUUGGGAAAUGGCGUCCGAAAUGCCGUUGGAAAAAUUCGUUAGUGACACAACAACGUACGAUCAAUUGCUGGAAUGGAUGGCGCGCAUUUUCACGUUUUGUGCAGUGAUGUCCACGCUUAAUAUGCAGUUUUCGGAUGAUACAGUUUCUCCAGUGAAUGGUGCAUUGUACGAAACAAUGUUGUGUAGAUGGAACAAGCCCAUGAAUAUCUUCGCUGCACAUCUUAAGGAAACUGAGUGUCUUUCUCCCGCUAUCGAAUGGCAGGAACCUCAGGCUAGCAAUUCUUCGAAUGGAAUUGAAAUCAGUGAGUACAGCAUUUUUCGGCGGAUUCCUUCUUGGGUGCACCAAGAAAUGCUUCGUGGAAUAGUGAAUCGUGGUUCAUCUCCUGUUCAUGUUGACGACGAAACUCAUCCAGUUGAUGGAGCCUUACCAAAUUUUUCAGUUGUUUCUCUCAGUGAACGGUUUAUGUCGGGAUUCCCGAGUGAUGAGCGACACUUCUAAUUUUUUUAAGGGGAUCCGUUUGUCGAUUAGUCUUGAUCGCUGUGCAGUAAUCCUAUUUGUCUUGCUAAAGAUCUAUCUAUUUGUCUGAAGUUUACCACUGUAUUAAAAUGUCGGGAUGCUGUGUAAAUUAUCCUUCCCUACUGAAUCAGAAUGAUUGAAUCUUCAAGUUUACCAUUAAAAUGUUCGUAUUGUUUGUAAAUUAUGUCAUGGCGUCCUUGAACGAAUACGCUUUUUUUUAAACCCAACGGACGCUUCUUGAAUUUGCGGUUCAGAUCCAUCUGUUUUUGGAUGAAACACGCGAAAACUGAUUUGUAUGUUUUUAUUCGUGUAGUUUUCGCAAAUUUACUCAUCGAUGUCAUUAUCUUGGAACAGAUACGCUUCUGCUUCCGAAAGGAAGAAAAAAAAAACGCUUGCUACUGAGAAUACGCUUCUUAAGAUUCAACUGCGAUUCCGUAUUUUUCGCCACAAUCGAGCGGAAACCUGAAUACGCGCGAUCAAGCUUUUGAAAAUGAACGCUUCUGACGGAAAUGAUACGCGCGUUCCCGUUCGGCGAUGUUUUAUUUUGACGUGAUCCGAGUCGUUCGCGCCACUUCGCGGAUUCUUGGGCUGUUCGCGAUUUCUACGUGACCGGACAGUGCCAUGAAAACCGUACUUCAACGUGUGAUGUAAGAAAACUAUGAUUUUGUAUAGUUGGCCGUUUGAUAGAUGAGAUUUUGUUAUUGAAUUAUGCGCUCGAUUGCGAAGAUGCUCUUGCCACGAUUCUUUCAUGCUUUCUUUCAAUGCACGAGAAAAAUCUUUUUUUUUUUUUUUUUUUUUUUUUUCGUACUAAUCUCGAGAACGUGGCCAUCAUGUGAUUUUUCGUGCGACUCAGUUUUUUUUCGCGGGUAUU